ACUGUGGAGCAAGUAAACCCAUUGCAUGACUUUCAAUUACUUGUUUUGUUUUAGUCAACUAGACGUUUAUAUAAUUUAUCCUUAUAGUCUAAAGCUCUAAAAAAAUCGCUUUGAGGAUUCUGUGCAUCCUAUUAUUGUUCCUUUGCUCAAUUUUCAGAAAGAAAAAAUGAUCAGAAACGUUUCCAAAACUCCAUACUUUAUCUUUCUCCUUGUAUUAGUAACAGUUGAGGUUCAAGGUCGCUAUCUGCCAGAGCGUGCCACCGAACUAGUUUCAGAUGGGGUUCAUAAUAACCUUCAACACAACGAAACUUCUUACUUAGUUCUCAAAGGAAUUGAUGAUGAAUCCUUUGAGGAACCCUGCAAGCAAAUGUACGGCUUCUUGCCAUGCACAAACAAUAUUUUUGGCCAUCUCUUUCUUAUUUUGGUGUAUGAAUAUUUGUUGUUCCAUGGAGAAUCAUAUUUGGCUAAAGGGGGUGAGCAAAUUUUCAAGAUUCUUGGUCCUGGUAUCUUUGGUGCUAGUGCUUUUCAGAUCCUUGGUGCCCUUCCAGAAUCCUUAAUUCUACUUGUUUCUGGACUUGUCAGCAAUAGGGAGAUAGCACAAGAAUAUGCCUUCAGCGGGGUUGGCUUAUUGGCUGGAUCAUCCAUCUUGCUUCUCACUGUAGUUUGGGGAAGCUGUGUCAUUGCUGGCAGCCAAGAAUUUGAGCAUGAUUCUCCCACUUCUAACUCUGCGCAUACAAGUCUUAAAGCUUUAUUGACUGGUUGUGGCAUUACUACGGAUUUGGAAACCAGUUAUACUGCAAGAAUCAUGGUUUGCUCAGUAAUACCACUUGCAAUCAUGCAAAUCCCAAAUUUAUUCCAAUUCUCUUCUGGGCUUAGAAGCGUGACCUUAGUAAUUGCCCUCCUUAUUACCUCCAUUUUUCUGUUCCUGUACUUCGUUUACCAGAUUUUUGAACCUUGGGUACAGAAAAGAAGACUAGAAUAUGUGAAACAUGAUCAUUUAAUAUUGAAGAUAUUGCAACAUGUUCAAAAGAACACCCUGCAAAGGAUCUUCACCAAGAAUGGGACUCCAAAUGUGAGUGCCAUAAGGCGAUUAUAUAGGGAAAUAGAUCAAGAUGGGAGCAGUGGUAUAUCAGCUUCUGAAGUGAAAGACCUUCUGCUAAAAAACAAAGUAACUGAAACAAAUUUUGAUGAGGAGAAAGAAAUAAAAGAGGUGUUAAAAGUUUUUGACCUGGAUGGUGACAAGAAAAUAAACAAGGAGGAAUUUGUCAGUGGCUUCACAAAAUGGCUUGAUCAAACAAAGCAUGCUUUAAAGAAACAGUAUUUUUCAAGGAAAUCACUCAAAGACAUUUAUCAGGCUUUUGGACCAUGGAUUGAAAACAAAAGAAAAGAACGUGAAGGAAAGAAACAGCUUAUAUUUGAAAUCUUAAGGCAUGUUCAGAGUGAUGUGGUUGGUAGCCUUCUCACAGAAGAUGGCAAACCUGAUCAACAUGCUAUCAGAGGGCUGUUUGAGAAAAUUGAUCGCAAUAGAGAUAACUUCAUUUCCCAGUCUGAGUUGAAAGAACUAAUCAUGAAUAUCAAAUUUGUUAAAGCAUCAAUGGAAGUGGAAGAAGCAGUUGCUUUAGUCAUUGAAGAACUUGACAUUGACAAAGACCGCACAAUUAAUGAGAAGGAAUUUGUUGCUGGGUUUGAGAAAUGGCUUAGCUCAACUUCAGCUCCUGCUCCUGUGUCAGAUUCUGAGUCUCAAGAAGAUAUGUUUCAGACCUGGGAAGAGGCUGACAUCGUAGUGGAAGAGAGGCAAAGCAAUGCAGUAGUUGAUAAAUCAAUAUGGGCAUGGAUUAAGGCCAUAACAUAUGUUAUGCUAGGAAUUGCUAUGCUAUCAAUUUUGGCAGAGCCACUGACAGAAAGUGUCCACAACUUCUCUAACAGUGCAGGAUUCCAUCCAUUCUUCAUGUCAUUUAUUCUAGCUCCCUUGGCCACAAAUGCUAGAGAAGCAACUUCAGCAAUCAAAGAAGCCAGCCAUAAGAAGCCUAGAACUACCUCUCUUGCCAUUUCUGAGAUUUAUGGAGGGGUGUUCAUGAAUAACAUUCUCGGUUUCUUUGCAAUCUCGGUUCUGAUCUUUGUGCGAGAAGUCACUUGGCAAUUCUCAGCUGAAUUGCUGGUUGUUGCAAUUGUUUGUGCAAUAACGGGCAUUACUGCAAGUUUUCACUCCAUUUUCCCUAUAUGGUCAUCCUUCAUUGCAAUUCUCUUAUACCCAUUGUCUUUGGUUCUGGUUUUUAUACUUGACCAUGUUCUCAAUUAUAAUUAACAACCCUAGAGUGUUGUGACCAAUUGAAAAAAUAUAUUUAUUUAUUUAUUUUGAGAAAUGAGAAUUUCAUUUUAGUUCAA